AUGACCCUUAGCCAGAAAGGGGGCAAACAGAAGUCAAAGCCACUGGGCCUGAGCAAAGGUCUAAGGCAGCUGUACCAGCACCAGUUGCUCUGUGACAGCACCGUAGUGUGCGAAGGAAAGAGGUUCUCCUGUCACCGAGCCGUGCUAGCUGCAGUGAGCCCUUACUUCCACGAUGUGUUCACCAGCUCCCAGAAGGAAUCCCCGAGUGGAGAGGUCCUGCUGCAGGACGUGGCUCCUUCUCUUUUCCAAAGCAUUUUGACAUAUAUCUACACAGAAGAAGUAUCACUGACAGAAGAGACGGCCCAGGCUCUCUUUGAAGCAGCCGAUAAGCUAAAGAUCCUUCCUCUCGUGGACAUAUGUUACAGGUUUUUUAGGAAGAACAUCUCCCCGCAGAACUGCUUUGCGCUUUACAGACUGGCUCAGGCUCACAGCGACCAAGCUCUUCUUCAGGCCACCGUGCGGUUCGUAAUCCUCAACUUCAGCCGGUUCUGCGAGGAUGACGACUUCUUGUACCUGGACCUGACGAGCUUAAUCACCAUCCUGUCUUCAGGGGACCUGGCCGCUGCUUCGGAGUUAGACGUCUUCCGGGCCGCGCAGCGCUGGGUACGGGCCCAUCCCGGUACCUACCAUUUCCUCGUCAAUGCUCUGAUGAGCCACGUCCGGCUGCCGCUCCUGACCGACAGCGAACUUGCCGAGGUUCAGGCCUAUUUGGGACAGGUCGGGGAUGUUCAGCUUCAGUGCAAACAGCUGGAUGGCGAGGAAAGGUUGCGUGCAAGCAGAGGACUCCGAGCGGGCAUGUACGACGAGUGUAUCAUGUGCAUCAACACACAGAUAUUGGAGACCCAGGCGCCGGACACUGAAGACUCCUUCAUGGAUUGUUAUGACCCUUGCACCAGGACAUGGAGAAAACUACCAGGCCUGACAUCCUUGACCCACCCAGCCUGCGCGGCACUGGGGGACAGGCUCUUUGUGUCCGGAGGCAUCCGCAGAAACUCUUAUUCGGACGCUCUGUAUGAAUUCAGCUCCUUCAAAGGCAGCUGGGCCCAGCUUCCUUCCAUGCUAGUGCCGCGUGCUACCCACGGGUUCCUGGUCUGCGACCAGAGGCUCUACGCUAUGGGAGGGUGGUGCGGGUUUCACGAAUUUCUCAGCUCUGCCGAGUGCUUUGACAUAGCAGAGGGGACGUGGACUCCCAUAGCGAGAAUGCCGUGCGUCUUGAGCCGCUGUGCUGCCGCAGUCUUGGGGAAGAAACUGUACCUGCUUGGAGGAGUCACCGGCCUGACCAGUUAUUGGCAAUUCCACAAAGGGCUUCUGAUCUACGACGUUAGCAAAGACGCGUGGACGCAGGUGCUUCUGGACGCGGCGUUCUUCUCCGCGGGCGCGGUGGCCAUGAAUAACGGGAUAUAUGUGGUUGGGGGCUACACAGAGAAAAGAGCAGGAGAACGGAUCUACGAGGGGGGCCUCAUGCCCGAGAACCGCUACUGCAGCAGAAAGUGUUUCUUCCUCGCGGAGGACGGUAGCGUCAAUCAUGAGAUUGCCGUUCCCAAGCUGCCGAAAGGAAUUGCCUACGCUGGGGUAGUCGGCUGGGGAAAGAGGAUCUAUGUCUUAGGCGGGGAAGAUACCACGCACUGCUACAAAACUAUUUACUAUUGGGAACCCGGGGAGCAUAGGUGGAGUAGAUGCCCCGAUGACGUCCCUGUCCCCGAAGGUGUCAGCGGGUUCGGGUGCACGACACUGAAGAUACCCAAGGAGCGAAUGCUGUCACUUUUGCAAGAGACAUCUGUAGCCCUGAUAGCCGUUGUUGGCAAGUAG